AGUGAGUGUGAAACACACCAAAAAUAGGAAGUUCAGAGUCUGAGUCUCACACUUCAGCUCCACGGUGUUCAGGGCUGUAUCUGCUCCUUGAAAGCAGGCAGAUGGGGUGUGGAAGCCCUCAGAGGGCAAAAUGUCCAUCCCAGGUUCAUUAUUUCCCAUGGGGAUCCAUUCCAGUUUUGGACAGCCGUGGUCACUGCUGAUUCCUGUAUGCGUAAAGACGCUCCAGCUGCCAGGAACUGAGAACUGAGCGGCCAGUGAUCCACCUGCUGUGAGGCGGCUGUCCCACUGGCAGCUCUUGGCUCAGGUGACAAAGAAGCAGUGAACAAGUGUGAGUGCAAGAACCCCAGGCUGGCGACCAGCCCAGAGCACAGGGAGCGGGACUGAGCUGGUGGGCCCAGGCUGGCGUGAUCAUGAAGGCGUUCUGGAAUGCUCUGCUGGCUCUGUGCUGGGCUUUCAGGGUCGGAGAAUCUCGAGAGAGCCUCCCGAUGCAGAGCCUGCGCUGCUACAAUGACUACACCUCCCAGACGACCUGCACAUGGCAGGAGCGCACAGAGGCACGUCGCUUCCUCAAUAUGACUCUUCACCAUGAGGAAAAUAUAGACAAAAGCACACAGAUCCCAUGUGAGUCUCAGGGAGCUGAGGGGUUGCCGUUCUGCCAGGACUCCUGUGUCUUCUGGAGCUGCCACAGGAACAGCACCAAUUUUGCAGUUGGAGUGCACGACCGUUACACUUUCAAACCUGAUCGGUUGCUGCAGGCUGAGCUGAACGUCAGCCUCUUCCAGAAUGUCCAGACCCUCCCACCUCAGAAGCAUUGGAUCAAUGUCACAGAAGCAGCCUGGGAAGCAGCUGGAGGGAGAAAGGGAAGACACUGGCUGCACAAUGCACUGGAGCUUGACAUGACCUACAAGUGGGAGUGUGAAUCCUGGAAGAAAUCUUCCUCGGUGUCAGUCGCAAGCUCCUCCCCCUGCCUGCUGCGGCGUGAUGCCCUUGUGUCAAGCAGCACCUAUGUUGCUCGUGUGCGAUCCAAGCCGAGCCAGGGCGCUGAUUGGUCUGGGCAGUCCAGCGAAUGGAGCACUGCUGUGUCCUGGAGGUCCCACGAAGGGGAUGAGGCUCAGCCCAAGAACCUUUGCUGCCUCUUCAAUGGGGUUGAUCGGCUGACGUGCAGCUGGGAAGUGAGGAGAGAGGUCACCAGCUCUGUCUUGUUCACGCUCUUCUACAGAACCCCACCGGCAUCAGAAGAGACAGAAUGCUCUCCAGUCCAUGAGGAGGAAUUGCCUGGCAGCCACUACCUGUUCCACUGCUGUGAGAUCAAUGUCACCAACCCCAGCAGGCUGAGCCAGUACCUCAUAACUGUCCGGCCCAAGAAGGAGGAGAAACUGAUUAAAGCCAACAAAAACAUCAAGCCGCUUGCGCCUGUCAACGUGACAAUGACAAAGAGGAAAGAGCAGGAGUAUGAGCUGAGAUGGACAAAACAGAUCCUAAGCUAUCCCUAUAUAGGCCAGAGAUAUGAAUUCUUGUAUUGGAAGACUGGUGACUCCUUGGAGAAUGCCCAGAGUGUAAACAUCAGCAAUGACAAGCCUCCCCUCAUCUUCACCCUGCAGAUGCUGGAGCCCUCCACACACUAUAGGGGGAAAAUGCGGGCAAGGGUGCACAUGGGUACCUACCAGGGGCCCUGGAGCGAGUGGAGUGAGGAGUGCACCUGGGAAACUGAGAGUGUCUGGUCACCACUGAUUCUCCCGCUGCUGGUCCCAGUCUUCACCAUCAUGCUGAUAGCAUUUGGCUGGUGCGGUUAUAGAGGCUUACUCAGCAAGAAGAAAAAAUGGGAGGAAAAGAUUCCAAAUCCCGGCAAGAGUCAGCUGCUCCAGAGCUACCUCCAGAAAGUAGCACUUGGAAUUCCGCUGCCGAGCAGCCAGCUGGACUUUGGCAAGCAAAGCUCUUCCGAGAAGAUGGACCUGGCCAGCUGCAUCCAAGUGCUGGAUGGACCAAUGAAAGUUAGUUCAGCAGAGCUCCCUGCAGCCAUGGCCGAGAGGAUGAUGUGCUUCCCUGGUGCACUGGACCCAGAGAACCCAUGUCAGACUCUUGAAAUGACAACUCCAGCUCCACAUCCUGCAGCCCCGGCUAGCUGCCGUUCGAGUCAGAGCACCAGUCAGUCCUUGUCACCAGCCACACUCCCCUGGAGGAGCAGUGCUAAGGUCACUGCUUCUCAGGCACCCAUGACCUGCUUUGACUUUAAUGGUCCAUACUUGCACUUCCCCCAGGGGUGCUCCCUGCCUGACAUUCAUCAGGACUGGGAAGCUGCCCCACUGGGAACGAAGGGGAGGCCAGCAUCCCUUGAGCACUUGUCCCUACCCCAGGGGGCCCCUUCCCAGACCUUGCUGGUGGGGGAGGAGAGAGGAGCAGCUCAGCUCCACCUCAUCUCACUUCCUGCUGAGAAAGAGAUGAAGCAGCCACUUGCUGGAGGGCAAGAAGGGCCACAAGACCAGCCAGCAGGUGGGGAAGUGGCGCAAGGGGACACCGAAGGUCAGAGAUCACCAACUGCUGCCAUCUUAAACAUCUCUGGUCAGAAAUGGCCAGUGGGAUACUUCACCUCGGAAGGUCUGUCACUGAUGCCGGCAAGAGACUCUGCCCAUCUGUCCCCUGCACUGGCCCCGCAAGAGGGGAUGCUCACUGCUGCCGCCGUCUUGACGUCCAACCCUGAUGGCCCAGGCCACAGAGGGCACCCCCAGCCCUGAAUUGGGCCCUGAGACAACUGAUGUCGCAGUCCCAGUUCCAUUUCCAGCAUUAGCUACUCCCUCUGGAGCGCACCAGCAUGCAUUUGGGAGUCACGUAACGUUCCUCAAGGCCCCCCAAGGCACCUCAGAACCCAUCAGUGUUUCCUGAUCCUUCCUGUCAGAGGGGGUUGAUACUUCUAAAGCAGAGGCUGUGCACGAGAGUAACAUGGUCAUGUUCAACCCCGAUGACACUGGGCCAGUUUUUCUACACAAGAUGGAGGAAUACUGCUUCUUUCCUAGCCUCAAAUCCACACGCAGGCCAUUCAGCUCAUCAGAACUCUAAAGUGUGACGCUUACUUUGCAUUGCCACUAUGGGAACGACGGAAACCAGUUGUCAGGGCCAGGGAACUCUGCUAACUCUGCAAGAGGACUGGUGAAGACAAGAGAGCAAGUGAUUGGAUGAAAAUUCCACCAUUCAAAGCAUGUCAUCACUAUUGUUUUCCCCACUGUUCCCCACCCCUCUUACACAGGGAAACAAAAAUUGCAAUUCUUCUUUCCAGCCUUCUCCACUCCCAAAGGGGGUGGAAGACAUCAAUCAGCACCAUGUCCUCCUCAGCUGUAUUAGUAUAUUUGGAUACAGAAACCAGAAAAUAUAUCCCCAUUGGAGAGACCUGCUCAUUACACACACUCUAAUCCCCCUGCCACUACCAUGUUCGUCUUGCUAUGGUUUUGGUGCAGAACAUAAUGUUGAGUUCAAUGCAAACUUCACGGCAUGAAUGAUCAAACGUCAUGUCACUGAUAAGAUUCUGUCACAAGCACCUGGAAUGAAAUGCCUCACAUUCUUUAAACAGUCUAGUUUAUUUAGAGAGAUAAUACUCAUCCAGAAGAAUUGGUGUUGGAAGGGUGUAGAUACCAAGGAGGGAUUGGAAUGGUUGAGUAUGGGAUAAAGUGCGUCGGAAUAAGGGCUGAAACAGAAAUUUGGAAAUUUGGCUGGGAAAUUUGGCUGGGAUCAGGAAACCUUUCCUAAUUGUGACAUCUACUAUCCUGUGGAAUAAUGUCCUUAUUAGCAGUGUCCUUAAAUGUCCUUAAAGCAGUGGAAAACCCAUCAUAGGAGACAAAAACUAGAUCAGAGAAAACAAUGGAAAAUAUACAUUAUUGCAGGGAAAGCUAGGGGAGAAGAGGCUUUUAAGAUGGACAAGCUACGAUUUCAUUGGUCUCUUCUAUCUCUAAUUCAGAGCAAUCUGGAUUGCUUGUUAAACUGGGAGCAAGCAAACAAUAUGUGCUUUAAUACAGUUAAAUGUAAAUGUAUACAUCUGGGACCAAAGAAUGCAGGCCAUACUUACAGGAUGGGGGACUCUAUCCUGGGAAGCAAUGACUCUGAAAAAGAUUUGUCAUGGUGGUUAAUCAGCUGAACAUGAGCUCCCAGUGUGAUGCAGGACCCAGAAGCGCUCAUUCAAAUCUUGGAUGCAGAAACAGGGACAGGGGAAUCUUGGGUAGAAGUAGAGAGGUUAUUUUACCUCUGUAUUUGGCACUGGUCUGACCACUGCUGGAAUACUGUAUCCAGUUAUGGUGACCACAAUUCGAGGCUGUUGAUAAAUUGGAGAGGGUUCAGACAAGAGCCAUGAGAAUGAUUAAAAGACUGGAAAACACGCAUGACAGUGACAGACUUAAGGAGCUCAAGCUUUUUUGCUUAACAAAGAGAAGGUUAAGGGAUGACUUGGUCAAAAUCUAUAAGUACCUACAUGGGGAACAGAUAUUUAAUAAUGGGCUUUUCAGUCUAGCAGAGAAAGGUGUAAUACAAUCCAACGGCAGAAAGUUGAAGCUAGACAAAUUCAAACUCAAAAUAAGGCAUACAUUUUUGUCAACGAGGGUAAUUAAGCACUGAAACAAUUUACUGAGGGUAGUGGUAGAUUCUCCAUCAUUGACAAUUUUUCAAUCAGGAUUGGAUGUUUUCCCAAAAAUCUAUUCUAGGAACUAUUUUGGGGGAGUUCUCUGGCCUGUGCUAUACAGGAGGUCAGAUUAGAUGAUCACAAUGGUCCCUUCUGGCCUUGGAAUCUAUGAAUGUAUGAUUGCUAAAAUACUAUGAUUUGCUGGCUUUCCAGUGCAUUGGCUGUUUGUGGAAGAUGGUAACAUCAAGCUGGUGCUUUGGUGAAGAUCUGAGCAGUUUCUUGUAAGGUAUGAACUGUGCCAAACAAAAAGAAGCCAGUUCUUUCCGGUUCCUCUAUUGCAAGGAAAAAAUAUUGGCUCAGAGCUGUAACCAAUGAUCACACCUGGCAAAAAUCAGCUCUCAAUCCAUUGGUCAGCUCCAUUACUGAUUGAUUUAGAUGUGUCACCUACCAGGUGGGAUGUUUGAGUCUCACUUGUUUGGGGCAUCAUGUGACAAGGCUGAUGAGGUGAGCAAAGGGCAGUUUGGGAGUAUGUUUCUGUUUUUUCCACUAUGUUAAUCAGUCACUGCCAGGCCUGCAUUGUGCACUGCAAUUCUUCUUUUGAAUAUUUUAAGUUCUGAUAAACUCAUAAGUUUUAAACAUGU